AUGGAUUCAGAAGACGGGGAGCUGUACGUUAAGCGCCUGGCCGUUUAUGUGCGGACGCACGAAAAGGCAUUGGCCAACGCCUUACAGUCUCGAAAGCCAUCUGGCCCACGACAUGGCCCUAGUCAAAGCGUUUCCUCUAUCCAGGUCCCAAAAUCACCGACUCUACCUGAACGGCCUGCCACCUCCGCCUCAUCAUCUAGCCCUCUUGCAACAGCACUAUCACUCGGCUCGCUGAGUUUAACAUCUAAUAAUGUCAAAUCAGCGAGGCUGAGCUUGACGCCGCAUCAUCUAUUCUAUCUGUUAUCUCGAUUUGAGGAGAUCGGAAUACACGUUGGACCUAUGAAGGUGCGCCUGGAAAACCUACAUGAUACCUCAGCCAACUACGUUUCGUUCUUAAGCUCUUCUCAACGUACGAAGAGCCGUGGCUCUGAUGCGGUAUCAAUACGUUCUGUAUCGAGCAUUCGAAGUGUUAUGUCGGGGAUGUCUGCUCUAUGGAACAGCUUCGGGAUAGGAUCCAGUAUAUCUGCUGCUCGGAUGGAGAGACAGAAAGCCGCCCUACAAUCGGACCUCAAGUACCUGUAUUCCGCAUUCACCAAGAUACCAUGCCUCCGACUCGCACCGGACUGGCGAACGAAGCUAAUCAAGGGAUACGAGGAGUUCCCUUUCGAUUCAGCAGUUCCCUUAUACGUUUUCAAGAAUCUGCAGGCGUUGGAGGUUAACGGUGUAGACUUCAGGCAGUUCUUUGGUUGGGAUCGCAUGGCGGACCAAAUCCGAUCUCUCACCCUGAGACGUGCCAACAUCGAGGAUCCAGCUGAUAUACUCAUCGACAUUGUAUUGGACGAUAUGGACAAGAGGCGGCGUCGGUCUUCCAAGACACAGUCCUCUCCUACCGGCGCAUAUUCCCAUGUAUCGAACCCAAGACGUAGCCCAACGAUAUCAUACUCGGACCCUCAUAGGUCCAGUGCCAUGCCAGAGUAUCCGGGGCGUCGAUAUUCGGUAGCGGACAUACACAUAGGAUCGAUGAGUACCGAAUCAACUGAUAGCACAUUAACCCAGGACGCCCGGCGCCCUUCUGUCUCUAGAGUCGAAACCGAUGAGCCAAAGUCAAGCAAGUCGCGACCAAGAAGCCAUUCUCCUAACCGCCCCGGUGCUUCACGUCAUCACACUACGAACUCGAGAGCUUCGCAUAAGGUGAAGCGUUCCGGCUCUGGUAGUUCGCAUUCCAGCUUGUCGGAUUCAUGGCAUAACCCACGAAACAGUGCAUCCAACCUCCUGGCUAUGGGCAUUCUCCCAGUCGCCAAGUGGCGAUUCCUGAGGCAUCUGAGCUUGGCGGAUAACUCCCUAACAGUGAUACCCGCAGCUAGUCUUGCUCCUUUGGCCAACACCUUAGCUUCUUUGGACCUCUCGACAAACCUCUUUACACAAAUACCCGAUAGCUUAGCAACUCUUACCGCGCUUCGUGCUCUAAAUCUCUCCCAUUGCAUGAUCGACUCCUUACAUUCCUUACUCCGAAAUCCUCUCCCGGCUAUCAGUGCUUUGAACCUCCGUGCCAACCGCCUCCAGUCGAUCGCCGGCAUUGAGAAACUCUACCCACUGGAGAGGCUAGACCUUCGAGAUAACCGCUUGACCGACCCAAUGGAACUAGCUCGCCUAACAGGAAUACCUGAUAUCCGCGAGAUUUAUGUCGAGGGUAACCCAUUCACGCGGACCCAUAGGGAUUACCGGAUCACAAUUUUCAGCCUUUUCCGUAAUACUCCAGGCUACACAGAGGAUGUUAUCAUUGAUGGCUCAGGCCCUAGUCUUUCCGAGAAAAGGUACCUUGUGGACCGCGUCGCUAUCCCCGCUGCCGUCCCGGUGGUAAAACCGGUGGUGCCGGAAGUCCCUGCUGUAGAUGUGAGCAAGCCAGCCAUCAUUUACGAAGCACCAAGGGAGCCUGCGGUCUUGCGUAAGGAGCGACCAUCUCGUCCUACUCCCAAAGCAGUAGCUAGUGAGGUCAAUACUAGCUCGACGAGACGUCGACGUACUCCGAAGCGCAGGAUAGUGGACCUAGCUACGAACGAUCGUGCCAGUGAUGCACAGAAACAACAUGACGAUAUUGCUCCUGGUUCGCCUGUGGCAGUAAUCGAACCAGACAGUAACUACCGUGUGUCUCAACCCCCCGAGAUACAAGAAAUAUCGCCAAAGAUCAUCCCCGAAACAAAGUUAUCCGGCCCCAUACAUCUACCGGAAGUACCACGUAUCGAUACUAGCCCAAUUUUAUCGCCCCCAACAUCAUUUAUGAGCAAAGAGAGUCCAAGUAUAUGGGGAGAUCCCCAAGAUUGGAAUGUCAGUGGCGAAAUCUACCGGCAGAAAAUUGAAGCUCUACGAGAUAAGGUUGGCAAUGGAUACCUAAGUGUCCUGAAUGAGGAGAGUUGGGAACCUUCUCGACCAUCAUUCAUCACUGGGGACUUUAGUCCUACUUCGACCAUACGGCCUAGCCUUGCUACUCGUACUCCCAGUGCGCAAGCAAUUCCCAGUGGUGGCAGCUUAGGCUAA